UAGAGGGAGGGGGGGAAAAUUAGGGUUUCAAAUUUCUGUUGUGACUUGACCUGGUUUCAAGAUUUAGGAUUCUUGGGUGGGUUUAGAAUUGUUAGAAUUUCUGCUGGCUGAAAAGAGAAAGGGAGGAGGAGAAGUUUUAGAAUAUGGGGCUCCAAUCGCGCCGAGCUCUCAAGAAACUUUGCUGCAACACUGCUUGGAAGUAUGCUGUUUUCUGGAAGCUCACGCAUCGUGCCCGGAUGGUGUUGACUUGGGAGGAUGCGUACUAUGGUGACGAUGAGAAGAAGUUGUUCUCUAAUGGGCAUCAUUCGCACGACGAUGCUCUUGGUUUAGCCGUGGCAAAGAUGUCAUAUCAUGUUUAUUCUCUAGGGGAAGGGAUUGUAGGACAAGUUGCUGUAACUGGUAAACAUUUGUGGAUCUCUAGUGAUAAAUGGGUGGUGAACCAGAGCUCCAUGUUCGAGUAUGAUGAUGGAUGGAAAAAUCAGUUUUCAGCCGGGAUUAAGACCAUAGCUGUAGUGGGGGUUGGUCCUCUUGGAGUUGUACAGCUUGGAUCUUUGGAUGAGGUUCCUGAGAAUCUGAAGAUGGUCAAAGACAUAAGGGAUGUUUUUUUCUUGGAGGCCCGUGGUUCUAUGGACGGUGCUCACUUGCACAGUGCAAUGCCAAAUAAUGUGGAGACUUGUGUGUCAGAUAUGUACACAAGAACCUCCAGUUCUGAGGCAUAUCUUUAUUGCAUGAACAAUCAAAGCAGAAGCGUUGAGAACGGAACACAUGUCAUCUCUUCUGAAGAUGCGUCUCUUGGACAAGGGCAACACAAUCAUCAUUCUCGCAUUGAUAAUAAAGUUCAUGAAGAAGUACCUAACAAGCAUGAAAGAGAAGUACAAAUGCAGGAAGCUAUUCCUACAAUGAGCGAAUUGCAAGCUAGCAACUACUUAACGGACUCAAUAUUAGAGGAUAAUGAGAAAUGUCUGAAGCAUAAUAAUACUAGUGACAAAGUUAUUGAUCCAAAUGAAUUGUUUUCUUUGCCAAAUCUUCUAAAUGCCAGUUUACAUAAAGAUACAGAGAACAAUACCUUCCAGCCUACUGAUAUGAACACAAUUCAGACUCCCUUAAGCUACAACUAUCCUGGAUGGGAGCUCUAUGAGGCACUCGGACCUGCUUUUCAAAGGGUGAGUGAUGUCACUCUUUGGGAAACGGAAAAAUUUGAAAUGGAACCCGAGGUAACGGGUGAUAGCAGUCUGUUGAUGAGUGAGAGUACGACAGAUCAUCUUUUGGAAGCAGUGGUGGGAAAUGUUAGUUGUUACCAGGAGAGUGAUGCUAGCAGCGUUGCCAAGUCUUUCUCAAAACCUGUUGAAGUGAGAGAACCUUGCAGCAGUGAUGUGGGCACAUUAAGUUCAGCGGGAUAUUCGUUCAGCUCUUCAGGGGCACAUCUGGAAAGACAACAAGAACCAAUAAGAAGGAUGAGUAAAAAAAGGGCUAAACCUGGUGAGAGUUGUCGGCCCAGGCCAAGGGACAGACAACUGAUUCAAGAACGUAUCAAGGAGUUGCGAGACCUGGUGCCUAAUGGUUCAAAGUGCAGUAUUGAUUCACUUCUGGAGCGGGCAAUCCAACACAUGCUUUACAUGCAAAGUGUCACCAAGCAUGAUGAAAUGCUUAAUGAAUGUAAUGCAUCAAAGUGGCUUGGGAGGGAAUCAGUAACCCACAAGGAGCGUUCUUAUAAGGAGAAAGGCUCAAGCUGGGCAGUGGAAGUGGGCAGUGACUUGAGAGUUUGUCCUAUAAUUGUUGAAAAUCUGAGCACAAAUGGUCACAUGAUAGUGGAGAUGUUACUGAAAGACUGCAGCCAUUUUCUUGAGAUAGCAGAAGCCAUCAGGAGCUUGGAACUUACUAUACUCAAAGGGGUAGCAGAGGCUUAUGGCGAGAAGACACGCAUGCUCUUUGUGGUUGAGGGGCAGGAAAAUCGAGCAGUGCAUCGCAUGGAUGUACUAUUGUCACUGAUGCAGCUAAUAUCACCUGGGAUCAUUGUGUGAUCGGGAUCAAAGAUAAUUUUGUUACUAACAGAAGGAUAGUGUCGCGUGCAUUUGGGUUUCUGUUUUUAUUUGUGUAAUAACAAUAGUGAUGUGAGCUUUUAGAUUAUGUGUGGAGAACUGAAAAUGUUUUCUUUCCAUGUUUUUGUAAUUCUUAUUUACAAUGAAUAAUUAUUUGUUCAGGGUUCUGUACCAAUGCAAUUUCAAACUCUACUUCCGAAUGCAUUGUUACUGUAGUUCCUAGUUACAUUGAUAUAAUUCUAAUUACUACCUUUGUAAUAAUGUGUUUGUUCAAUU